ACUAGAAGUUCUUAGAGACCCAAAGCCCCUCACACACACAAAUUGCAAGAUGUUCAAGCAAUCAUCACUGGACAUCUCCAUCACCAUGCUAAUUGCUAGCACAUGGAUGGCAACAAUUGUGUCAGCAGUGGAUCUUGCAACAGCAGGUGGGGAAGCGCCAGUCCUUGAGUUAUACAUGCAUGACAUUCUUGGAGGCAAUAGCCCUACAGCUAGGCCGAUUACCGGCUUGCUAGGGAACAUCUACAGUGGUCAAGUACCCUUUGCUAGGCCAGUGGGGUUCAAUACUCCAAAAGAUGGGGUCGCCAUCCCUAAUGCCAAUGGUGCCAUUCCACUUGUUAAUGGCAACAACGGUAUCCCAUUAGGAACAGGAUUAGCAGGUAGUGCUUUUGGAGGAAAACCAAAUGACCCAAACCAGAAUGGUAAAACGGCAACCCAAUUAGGACCAGAUGGGUUGGGUCUAGGUUUUGGAACGAUCACUGUCAUUGAUGAUGUGUUGACCUCUGGGCCAGAGCUAGGGUCACAGUCUAUAGGGAAAGCCCAGGGAGUUUAUGUGGCAAGCUCUGCAGAUGGUACCACACAAAUGAUGGCAUUCACAGCUAUGAUGGAAGGAGGAGAAUAUGGUGAUAACCUCAACUUCUUUGGAGUGUACAAGAUUGGAAGCGCUAUGUCACGUUUGUCUGUGACCGGUGGAACAGGAAAGUUUAAGAAUGCUCGUGGUUUUGGUGAGGUGCGGCCACUCAUACCAUCUGGACAACAUGUCACAGAUGGUGCAGAGACAUUGUUGAGGAUCACUGUCCAUCUAAGCUACUAAGGAUGGUACUGUGAAUGAAAAUUUGCUGUGGGUGUGGUUGUGGGAAAAUGAAUGUGUGUAUGGUUUGUUAUUUUCCUGUUAAUGUGGCAUCUAUGAGUAAGGAAUAUGUUUUAAGUUUUAUCAGUC